UCUUGCAUCAAGGAAUAAAGCCACAUUAACCAGCUGCCAUGAAUUUUAACUCGUGGAACGUGUUUUGGCGCUGGUGUUUUGCAUCAUUAGCGACUUUGAUUGUUUUUGGAAAUAAUUUAACCAUCUGGAUAUUUCUUGAACAGAGACGUCGCAAACGUGCUUCUUUUCUUCUAAUCAGCUUGUCUUUUGCUGAUUUACUGGUUGGAUUGUUUUCAAUCCCUCUUUUGAUAACAGCAUAUGAAACAUCUUCGGUGGCUAUACGCAAGAUAUUCUUUCUUGUUGACGUUUUCACAGCCUUAGCUUCCAUCUACACCCUUGGCGUAAUCUCCCUAGAGAGGAUGUUUGCCGUCGCUUGGCCUCAUCAUCACAGAACUUUGAAACUUCGUACUUACACCUUUGCCGUUGCCACACCGUGGAUCAUGGCAGCAAUAUUCGCUGUUCUAUUUUUAACACUUGAAAAUAUACUGGGUCUUCUUAUUUUUUGUCCUGCCGCUCCUCUUUUAGUUAUGUGUCUUGCAUAUCAUGUUAUCUGGAAGAAACAGAGAUCAUCGAUAGGUAACCAAAAUCAUUUCGGCUUAAGAGAAGCGAGAUUAACAAAGACUUUAUUUCUGAUAGCAGGAGCUUCUCUUUUCGCCUGGCUUCCAUUUCAAAUUCUGAAUGUAUUGACAUAUUUAGGCGUGACCGCAAUUUUUCCUCAUUUGCAAUUGACUGUCUUGCUCGUUAGGUUAUUACAAUUUAGCAAUUCUCUUGUAAACGUGGUGAUCUAUCCUUUCCGAAUGCCAGAAUUUAGGAAUACCCUCUGGCGGAUAUUGCGCUGUUACCGUCGAUUCAGCUCUCGGGUCCAUCCGCUGGCUGGGUCUGGGUCAGUUAUAUCCCUUUUACGACUCACAAACUUCAUGUUUUCCUCACAGAACCCCAAUCAGGAUAGCCCAGUUUGA